UUUGAAAGACUGAGUAGAAAUAAUUCAAGUAAACUUCGAUGUGUUCCUUAUUGUUUUCCAGAUGCGUCUACUCGCGAAUUUAUUUCUCUUCUGCCUGAUAGGGCGAGAGGGGUUUGGUGCCAAAAUUCUGGUGCUAUUACCCUUUCCUGGAAGGUCCCAUCUCUCGAUAACUUCAUCCCUGACGCAGGGCCUCGCUAAAAAGGGACACGAUGUAACGGCAUUCGUUCCUCAUGCAACUGGAUUCAGUGCCCCAAAUUAUAAGGAGAUUAAUUACAAAGCUACUCCCUUAACAGAAAAUCUCGACGUUAUGAGGUUGAUCGACAGGAACUUCGUUAUGGGGCGAAUGAGGUUUCAUCGUAUGGGAACUAUGACAACGGAAAUGGCUUUAAAUACUACGGAAGUUAGAGAUCUGAUCAGAUCCGAUGAAAAAUACGACGUUAUCGUCAUGGAGCAUUUCGUAAACGAGGCUUUCUUUGUGUUUGCUCACAAAUUCAAAUGCCCUGUAGUUCUCAUCAGCACCUUCGGCACUACAACGGCCAUUAAUAGAAUAUUCGGGAAUUCUGCACCGUACAGCUAUGUGCCGCUAGAAUUUCUUACCCUCGAUGAUAAAAUGACGGUAUUUGAACGGCUCCGAAAUACCCUGGGGAAUAUCUUCGUUGAUAUCACUCGAAAAUAUUAUUACAUGCCUCUCCAGCAGGCGUUAGCGGUUAAAUAUCUCGGAGAUUCCGGCGUUGAGAUACCAGAUUUGGAGAAAAUCGAGAGACAGGCUGAUUUCAUUCUGAUAAACAGUCACCCCGCGUUUUAUACGCCUCGACCGUACAUGGCGAACAUGAAAGACGUCGGCGGAUUGCACCUGAAACCAGCCAAACCAUUACCAUUGGACUUACAGCAGUAUUUGGACUCAUCACAGAACGGUGUUAUCCUCUUCAGCUUGGGAUCGGCGAUGCAGAGCACAAUGAUUCCAGAACAUUUUAUUCAAGUGCUGAAAAGAGCCUUUGAAAGUUUGCCUUUUGAUGUACUGUGGAAAUGGGAAAAUGACACAAUGACCGACAAACCAAUAAAUGUGAGAAUAGAAAAAUGGUUGCCUCAAAACGACGUACUAGCUCACCCAAAUUUGAAGCUGUUUAUCACUCACGGAGGCAUCUGUAGUUUGAUGGAAACUGUUUAUCAUGGUGUUCCAAUUGUUGGCAUACCAUUAUUUGGAGACCAACCACGGAACAUUCUCUUGGUACAGAAAAGAGGCUACGGUGAAUCUUUGGAUCUCCUAACUUUGACGGAAAAACAGAUUCAGAAUGUCGUUAUGAAAGUUGCAUCCAAACCCGAGUACAAAGAGAAUAUAAAGAAGAUAUCGGCGUACUGGAGAGAUCAAUUGAAUCAUCCUUUGGAUGAGGCGGUGUACUGGGUGGAAUAUGUCGUGAAACACAACGGUGCAAAGCAUCUCAAGGCAGCUGUAACAGAGCAAACUUUUGUGCAAUAUCUUUUGCUGGACAUUGCAUUAGUGAUUGUAGGAACACUGUUUUCAACAUUCUUUGUGAUUCAUCAAACGUUCAAGCUUCUCUACAGAAGCUACAGUUCCAAGAAAAAAAUGCGUUUUAUCGCGAUAUGCGUUCUUCUUUGCCUUAUGGGGCAUGAAGGAUUCGGGGCUAAGAUUCUUGGACUAUUUCCGUACCCUGGGAGAUCUCAUCUCUCGAUAACUUCAUCCCUGAUGCACGGUCUCGCUAGAAAGGGUCACAAUGUCACGGCGUUCGUUCCGAAUGCCACUGGACUUGGCACACCGAACUACAAGGAGAUUAAUUAUAAAGCUGUUCCGGUGACAGGUAGCACGCAUAUGUUGGAUUACCUUUCCACGAGCUUCUUCGUGAAACACUUCAAGUUAUAUGAGAUCGGCAUCACGACGACGGAGAAAGCUUUGAACACUUCGGAAGCCAGAGAUCUCAUCAGAUCCGAAGAGAAAUACGACGUUAUCAUCAUGGAGGAAUUUGUAAACGAGGCAUUUUACGUAUUUGCCCACAAAUUCAAAUGCCCUGUGAUCCUCAUCCACACCUUCGGUACCAAUGACGAAAAAAUUAACGUCUUUUUUCAAACAAAUCUUACGGAUACCAAGGAGUUUGACCGAUGUAUAACUUUUUUCCAUUUACUUCUCAGCCUUGGUGACAAAAUGACGUUAUCCGAGCGGAUCCAAAACUCUCUACAGGAAAUGUUGAGCGUUGUCACUCGAGAAUUGUACUACAUGCCUCGGCAGCAGGCGCUAGCGGUAAAAUAUCUUGGAGAUUCCGGUGUUGAGAUUCCAGAUCUGCAGGAAAUCGCUGCAAGGCAAACCAGAUUUAUUCUCAUCAAUAACCACCCCGUAUUUUACACGCCUCGACCGUACAUGGAGAACAUGAAAAACGUCGGCGGAUUGCACCUUAAACCAGCCAAACCAUUACCAUUGGACUUACAGCAGUAUUUGGACUCAUCACAGAACGGCGUUAUUCUCUUCAGCCUCGGAUCGUCGAUACAGAGUGUACAGAUGCCAGAAAGAUUCACCGAAGCCCUGAAAAAAGCCUUCCAACGUUCGCCGUUCGACGUUCUGUGGAAAUGGGAGAAUGACACAAUGGCUAGAAAAUCCAGUAAUGUGCGGAUAGAGAAAUGGCUACCCCAAAACGAUAUACUAGCUCACCCGAAUGUGAAGAUGUUCAUCACCCACGGUGGCAUAUCCAGUAUGAUGGAAGCUGUUUACCACGGUGUUCCGAUCAUUGGUAUACCACUUUUCGGAGAUCAAAUGCGUAACAUUUUAUUGGCAGUUUCAAAAGGUUACGCCGAGUCUUUGGACUUUUUUACAACGACAGACGACCAGGUUUAUGAUACAAUAAUGAAGGUUGCAACCGAUUCCAAGUAUAAGGAGAAUGUAAAAAAGGUAUCGGCGUGCUGGAGAGACGACCUGAAUCAUCCGUUAGAUCGGGCCAUCUACUGGGUAGAAUAUGUCGUGAAACACGACGGAGUGAAGCAUCUCAAAGCAGCUGUGACGGAGCAAACUUUCGUGCAGUAUUUGUUGCUGGACGUUGCGUUCGUGAUUUUGACAACGCUAGUUUUGUCAUUUUUUGCGAUCCGUCAAAUGUUCAGGCUGCUCUGGAGACACACGUACAUCAGUAUCUACAAAAUAUCCAGUUUUGAAGAUAACUUAAAAAAAUUAGACUAG